AUGCGGCAGGACGAAAACGCUCUGCAGCCCGCAGGAUUUGGCGCUAGAGAUACCGAGGGGUCUGCCGGUAUGAACGAGUUCCAGGUUGGCCAACAAUUUCAGGAUAAAGAUGAGGCGCUGUUGAGUGUGAAGACGUACAGUAUCCGCCGAGGGGUCCAGUACAAGGUCGUUGAGUCUGACUACCGCAGGUAUGUGGGAAAGUGUUCUGAGUUUGGGAAUGGGUGCACAUGGCUAAUUCGGUUGAGUCUCCGACAGCGGAAGGGUAUCUGGGAAGUGAAUCGAUACAACGGACCGCAUACAUGUCUUGCCAGCUCCAUCUCCAGCGACCAUAGGAGUCUGGACUACCAUGUCAUAUCCACCUUCAUUAUGCCGAUGGUUAGGGCUGAUGCAGCUGUGAACAUCAAGGUGCUUCAAAAUGCCACGGCCGCACACUUUGGGUUCAGGCCUACGUAUAGGAGGGUAUGGAUGGCGAAGCAGAAGGCCGUUGCCGUCAUAUAUGGGGACUGGGACGAGUCGUACAAUGAGCUCCCUAGGUGGGUUUUAGGAGUUCAGCUGACGAUGCCUGGCACUGUAGCCGUCCUCAGGACUUGCCCUGUUCGAGUUGGGGGACAGGUUGACGAGUCUCAGGUUUAUUUUCAUAGGCUGUUCUGGACUUUCCCCCCUUGUAUCCAGGCAUUCCGUCAUUGCAAGCCUUUGGUGAGUAUUGAUGGCACCCAUCUAUAUGGGAAGUAUGGGGGAAUACUGCUAGUCGCCAUUGCACAGGACGGAAACUCGAACAUCCUCCCCGUGGCAUUUGCACUAGUUGAGGGUGAGAAUGCUGAGUCAUGGUCUUUCUUUCUUUCCCACCUCCGUGAGCACGUGACACCUCAGCCGGGUUUGUUAGUUAUUUCGGAUAGGCAUAACGGCAUCAAGGCAUCCCUCGAGGCUCCGGAUGGGGGAUGGCUACCCCCUGCUGCGUACCGGGCGUUCUGCAUUCGACACGUUGCAGCGAAUUUUGCCUUGACGUUCAAGGAAAAAGAUGCCCAGAGGCUUCUUGUUAACGCCGCAUAUGCCAAGACCGAGGUGGAGUUCGACUACUGGUUUGACAUUCUGUGCUCUGAGAAUCCGGCAAUGUGUGACUGGGCGAACCGAAUCGAGUAUUCGUUGUGGACACAGUACUGUGAUGAGGGUCGGAGAUUCGGGCACAUGACGACCAAUAUUUCGGAAUGUGUCAACUCAAUCCUGAAGGGGGUUAGAAACCUCCCUGUUUGCUCGCUGGUGAAGGCCACAUACGGAAGGCUAGUUGAGCUAUUUGUCCGUAAGGGUAGGGAGGCCGAGGCUCAGAUGGGUACUGGACAACAAUUCAGUCAAUACCUAGUAAAGUGUAUCGAGGCCAACCUGAGGACAGUCAGGCACUUCACGGUGACUGUUUACGACAGGGAUAACUCGGAGUACACCAUUGUUGAGACGACUCCGACAGGUUCAUUCUCUCUUGGUACGUACAGGGUCUCAUUAGGGUCUAAGACUUGUGAUUGUGGAUACUUUCAAGCACUUCAUUUUCCCUGUCCGCACGCACUGGCAUGCUGUGCUUAUUCACGGCUUACAUGGCAGCCUUACGUCCACGAGGUAUAUCGCCUUAGUUCCGUUUUCGGUGUAUAUCAGAUGGGAUUUACACCUCCCAUUCCAGAGGGUUUCUGGCCACCUUAUGUCGGGCCUACCGUUAUACCGGAUCCGAGUAUGAGGCGUGCGAGGGAGGGUCGUCCUAGAUCCACAAGAAUUCGCACCAACAUGGAUGAAGCAGAUCCAAACCGGCCAAAGAGAUGUGGCCUCUGCAGGCAGCCAGGUCACACCAGGCGUAGUUGUCCACAAGCCGCAGGCCCCAGCGGGACUGCUGGAAAUCAGUAG